CUCCCCUUCCUGACCUCCAGAUCCCAAACUUUCUUCUUCACCCUCAUCAACUCAAACACCUUCUACUCUCGCUACCAAAGAAAACACUCUCGCUCUACUACUUUCUUCUUUUCAAGAAAACAAGAAACCCCAACCGCAAACAUGAAGUUCGCCAUCACCCUCGCUGCUCUCGCCUCCCUGGCUGCUGCCACUCCCCUCGAUGCUUCCACCAGCAGCUGCAAGCCUGGAACUUACUCCUGCACCCCUGACAAGACUGGCUGGCAGGUCUGCGACGUCAACCACAAGUAUGUUGCUGCCGGUGUCUGUCCCCCCGGGACCUCUUGCGUCUUCUACAAGAAGAGCGCUAGCCCCUACUGUGUCCCUCCUGGAUUCAAGUUCCCCCAGGCUUAAGUGGUCUUCUGGACUAUGACAUGAUAGCUAUGGGAGUCACUGAUUCUUGAGACUCUCGACAAUAUCGUCUAUCUUGGUCUGAUACUGGC